AUGUUUUCUCGCUCGCUCGCCCUUCUGGGCCUCGCAGCAGCGUCGGGCGCGACGCUCACGUCGUCGCUUCUGGACACGGCGGAUUCGGUGCUCACGGAGUUUCGCUCGGCGGUGUUGAACGAUACGGGCAUUCGCUAUGUUAAGAACUCGGGCGUGUGCGAGACGACGCCGGGGGUGGAGCAGAUCUCUGGGUACAUUGAUGUUGGGACGAACAUGUCGAUGUGGUUCUGGUUCUUCGAGUCGAGGAACGAGCCCGAAACCGCGCCUUUCACCUUGUGGUUGAAUGGUGGCCCCGGGUGUUCGUCCAUGAUCGGGCUGUUCCAAGAGCACGGUCCCUGCCUCGUAAACGCCGACGCCAAUAGCACAUAUCUCAACCCCUACAGCUGGAACAACGUUAGCAACAUGAUCUAUAUCGACCAGCCCAUUGGCACUGGCUUCUCUUAUGGCACUGAUACGGCUAAUAGCACUGUCGCGGCCGCCGGCCCCGUGUGGACUGCGUUCCAAGUUCUCUUCGAGAGUGGACUGUUCUCCAAAUAUGCUAGCCGAGAGUUCGUGUAUGGCACUGAGAGUUACGGAGGCCACUAUGGUCCCGCUUUCACCACCUACUUCGAUCAGCAGAACGCUAAGAUCGCGAGCGCGCAUUUGCCCGUAGUGACGGGCGUUCCCAUCACCGUCGCCGCGCUGUUGAUUAACAACGGCUGGAUUGACCCUCUGAUCCAGAACGAGGCUUAUCUGACUUUCGCCCAGAAUGCACCGGGAUACGGCCAGCUUUUGUCGAACGAGACGCUCAAGAAUAUCUCCGCUGCGCUCUACGACGAGGGUGGAUGUGUGGACCAGGAGAAGGCGUGCUAUGCCGCAGGAAACUUGAACGCUAGUGCUGAUACUGUAUGCCUUAACGCCGACAACUACUGCGGAAACUACGUAUUCUCCCCUGCUGUGGGCAACUACGAUCCGUACGACCUGAGACAGAACUCGACCGCGGCGUUCCCGCCGGAGUACUACGUAACUUAUCUGCAGAACCCGGCUAUUCAGAAGAAGAUUGGUGCUCAGGUUAAGUAUGAGGAGUGUCCCGAUGCGCCGUACUACGAGAUGGACAACACCGGAGAUGAUGCCAAGACUCUGUUACCUCAGUUGGGCGCGCUGGCUAACUCUGGUUUGAGGAUCUUGAUCUGGGCCGGCGACACUGACAUUAUCUGCAACUGGGUCGGCGGUCAUGAGGCCAUCCUUGCCAUGGACUGGUACGGAAACGAAACAUUGCACAACACCCCCUUGACGAACAUGACUCUCGACGACGAGCCCAUCGCCCAGAUUCAAAACGUCGACAACUUCACGUUUGCUCGUCUGUUCGGUGCUGGGCAUGAAGUGGCUGCGUUUCAACCCAAGGCUGCCCUCGCAAUUUUUACCCAGGUGAUCGCGAAGGAGCCUUUACAUUCUGUAUAG